CAGCCAUUCCACCACUCAUGACAUCAUGACAUCUUGAAAGGAUAUAUGAUUGGUUAGCACACUUUAUAAUUUUUCUUUUACAGUUACGCAAGGAUGUUGUACCAAAGACAGUCGAAAAUUUUCGUGUUCUCUGUACAGGUAAAAAAGGAUAUGGGUAUAAGGGUUGCACUUUUCAUCGUGUUAUACCCAAUUUUAUGUGUCAGGGCGGUGAUUUUACCAAAAAUAAUGGUACAGGUGGUAAAUCUAUUUACGGUACCACCUUCAAAGAUGAGAAUUUCAAAUUAAAACAUACUACACCAGGCAUACUUUCUAUGGCUAAUGCUGGUCCCAAUACAAAUGGUUCGCAGUUUUUCAUUUGUACCGUUAAAACGCCUUGGUUGGAUGGGCAGCAUGUUGUUUUUGGACAAGUGAUCCAAGGUAUGGAAGUAGUAAAGUCUAUGGAAUCUUAUGGUUGUGCAGCAGGAAGUCCUAUGAAAAAGAUUGUUAUUGAAGAUUGCGGAGAAAUAAAAUAAAUACAAAUUCAUUAUGUUAGAGUAAAGAAGAAAAUUUAUGCUUAA